AUGUGGGCGCGAUGGAAGGCGCAAUGGCGCAGGCUGGACGCGAUGGUGCGGAAGUCCGGGGUGGUCAUCUCCCCGCGCGGGCGCAUGGGCGCGACAAUCGUCCGCGUGGCGACGGGCAGCUGCGGCAUGGCCACGUGGUUUCGCAUCGUUGACAUUUACAGAGGAGUUUGCGCGGACCCCGGCGCUCCGACGACUGGCCUGGCCUCGCUGCCGCUCUUCAAGGCGUCGGCCUGGACGGACAACUUCGACUGCAACUUCAAGGUCUUCAUCAUCCACUUCGUGCCCGUCAACGCGAUCAGCCAGUUCGUGUGGGCGGCCAUCUUCUUCGCGCCACUGCUGGGGGUCAACAACUCGGUCACGCGCUCCAUGUGGGACAACCGCAGCCGCAUCGCGCAGCGGCAGUUCGUCCCGCGCAUCUUCGCGCUCGCGCUCAUGAACCUGUGCCACGAGUGGCCCGCACUCUCCAUCUGCAGCAUGGGAACCGCCUUCAACGUGUGCUCCGCGCUGGAGUACGAGGCCGGGCGCGACACCGCGCAGGAGACCGACGCGGACAGGCGGAUGCGCCGCACGGCCGCGAUCUCGAUGUACGCCGCGUGGCUGAUCGCCAUGGCCGUGGAGCUCGUGAUCGGCCGACUGACGCCCGCGCGCUUCGCGGGGUACCUCUGGUCCGCCGUGGUCUGCCGGCUGUUCUACUGGGGGGUGUGUUUCACGUUCGGGUCCGAGGCGCGCGUGCUCGCGCGCGGCGGAGAGACCGGCGACGUCAGCGCGAUGGGCGUCGACGUGGAGGUGGUGUCGUAUAUCUCGCUGGCGGCAGACUGGGCGCUGACGGCGCACGUGCCGCUGCUGGCGGCGCUCGCGGCGGCGUGGAGGCACAGUGCGGUGCACGGGCCGCUGCUGUGGCGCGCGUGGGAGCGCUGGGCGCUCGCGGGCGCGCUGACGGGGCUGGUUGCCUUCGCUGGGAUGCCAAAGGUCGCGGGGGCGAGGGCGGAGGUGCGCACGGCGAGCUGGGUGCUGCUGACGAGCGCUCUCGGCGUCGCGUGCACGUGGGGCCCGCUGGGCGCGGGGCUGCACGCAGCGGUGACUGCGAUGGAGGUGGCGCACCUGAGCGCCGAGCCCGUGGGGAAGGAGCUGCGGUUCGAGCGCGGCACGCUGACGGCGUUGCGCGGCCUCGCGGCUGCGUCGUGCGCAGCCGCGCUGCUGACGGGCGCGGGGCUCUGGCCGGCACUGACAGCCCUGGGGGUGUAUUUGGCGAUGGUGGAGGUGUAUCCCAGGGUUGCGAGUACGCAGCCGCGGCGCGACGCCCUCCGGACCGUGGCUCGCCAGCUCUACGGAGGCGCGGUGCAUUCGUCCCCCGUGGUCAUCCUGCUCUGCGCCUGGACGACCGUCGUCGUCCUGCUCCCGGUCCUCAUGUUCCUCUCCUUCGGCAAGGGCGACGGCACCGUCACUUUCGCCACCCUCAUUGGACUGGCGAUGGUCCUGCUGGCCGCGGGGGGGCUCCAGAACGCCGGCGCGCUCGCCGCCGCCGUGCACGAGGAGCUCAUCGGCACCAUCAUGCCCGCGAAGGUCGCCCGCGAGCUCGUCAGUCAGACCCUGCAGCGCGAAGUGGACGACGCGGAGCAAGCGACGCGGCGACCGCUGGCCGCCGUGCAGUCCGAGGCGCGCACGGGGCGGCUGCGGACGGGCCGCGCCGCGAGCAUCUUCGCGCGCAGCGUGAACGACUCCUCCCGGGGAAUCUCGGAUCACUCGGCCGCGUCGUCGCUGCACACGGAGGCCUCGAUGGCAUCGCGCAGCACGCACGGGUUCGCUCGAACGUCCAACCUCGCGCCGCGGGCGGACAGCGCGACGCUGCGGCCGCAGCGCAGCGACCUCGACGACGUCGCGGAUCGCUCGUCGGCGUCGUUGGGCGUCCUGCAGCAGCCGCUGGCGGCGGCGCGCGAGACGAGCAUCCGCGGCGCCGGCGGGAGCGCGCAGGCGGCCGGCGUGAUGUCGCGCGCGGCACACGGCCCGAGCAGCGACGCCCUCGAGAAGAGCGAUCCGUCGGCGUCGGCGCACCGCGUCGAAGAGAGCGACCUGUCGCGUCGGUCAGCGCUGGCUCGCAUCGAGGAGCUGGCGCACCAGAUGGAGGAGGAGGGCAUGCCGGGGCGCGACAACGUGGACGGGAUGUCGGAGGUGUUCGAGAUGCUCGAUGUGCUGCGUGCCGGGGGGGUGGAGGUGGACGCGGAGCGCGGGAAGGACCUCGUGGCGAGCGUGGAGAACAUGGUGGACGCGGCGCGGACAGGCGGCGCGAUUCCGUUGGCGGGGGACGACCAGCGCGUGACGCUGCAGACGCAGCGGUCGCUGACGAGCCGGGCGGAGGCGGAAACGGGCCACACGUCGCCGGCGACGUCGACCCGGGGGGCGGAGCUGAUCCGGCAGGAGGCGCGCUCGAAACGGCAGGCGCAGCUGCAGCUCGCGCACCAGAGCAUCGUGCGGCACUGCGGGAACGUGUGCGAGCAGGCCAUCCAGCAGUGGCACGCGCCCGGCGCGCCGAUGCGGAACCCGCUGUGCUUCACGACCUUCCACGACGUGAUUUGCGUCUUCAGCGACAUCGUGUCGUUCACGCCGCUCAACCAGCAGAUCGGCGACGGCGCCAUGCUCGACCUGCUGCACUCGUACUUCACGAUGCUCGACAGCGCCGCGUCGCUCAUGGGCCUGUACAAGUACGAAACGGUGGGCGACGCGUACGUGGCCAUCGUCAACAUGGAGCACCGCACUGCCUCGAGCGCGAACCGGAACCGCGCGGAGGAGGACGUGAUGCUCGCGCUGACCUUCGCGGAGCUCAUGCACCACGCAGCCAACUCGAUCGAGAUCCCGCGGAAGGCCGAGGGCCCCCGCACCGGCCCCGCGCCGUCCAUGGACGAACAGCAGCGCCUGCAGGUCCGCGUGGGGAUUCACCGCGGGGCGCUGUCCGGCGCGGUGCUGGGCGACAUCCGCACGCUGUUCUCGCUCUUCGGGGAGACGAUGACGGAGGCCGAGCGCAUGGAGUCGACUGGUCGGCCCGGGUGGAUCAAGAUGACGUAUGAUGUGUACAGGCAUCUGCCGCACCCUAUCCAGUCGCUGUGCGAAGGCGUCGUCGACCACAGGCACAGGGACGGCCCGCGCACGCUCGGCGACAUCGACGCCGCGUGGGGUUCGAUGAACGAGGACGACACCCCCCCCGAAAAGAUGGCCUACAUGCUGGAGGUCAUUCGCGAGCGCCGUGUGCCGCGCAUCGGCGGCGCGAGCAAGCAGGGCAGCUCCAUCGAGCACGUGGUGGACGGGGACCCGCGCAGCGCCCCUCGGCGGUGGUCGACGUUCAACGCCCACCACGAGGUGGGCGGGGGGCACCCUGGGGACCGUCGCGCGUCCGUUGGAGGCAGCGGCGCGGAGGAGAAGGAGGACGAGGAGGUGGGUAUGGUGCGGCGUACGGGCGGGGUGACGCAGGGGCGGUGGAGGGGGUGA